AUGGUCUUUGUUUCCCCUCACGCCAAGGUCGACGUUCCAAAUGUUGAUAUCUGCAGCUUUGUAUUUGGGCCCAACCCAUACAAUACUGUCUAUCCUCAUGAUAGAGUUCUUUCGGUUGACGGAAAUACAGGUCAAUCAAUGACCUAUGCUCAAAUCAAAGAUGUGUCUAGCCGUCUUGGAGCUGGGUGGAUAGAGAAUGCUGGUUUAAAGCAGGGCGAUGUUGUGGCCGUAUUUGCUCCCAACCAAUAUAACCAUACUUCUCUCUUCCUCUCUCUGCUUUCAGCAAAACUUGUCAUCACACCAGGAAACCCUGCGUAUACAGAAGGUGAAUUCCACCAUCAAAUCUCUUCAUCUGGAGCUGUUGCUCUAGUCACUGUUCCUGGCCUUCUGCCGGUAUUGGUCAAGGUUUGCGAGAAGAUCGGAAUCCCCAAAUCUCGCAUAUUCUUGUUCGGUGACCAGGAGGUUGCGGGAUGUAGACCCUUUAAGAGCAUCAUCAGUACUUCAAAGGCUAUUGAAUACCCCCUCAAGGGAAUUAACCCUAUAGAAGAUACUGCUUUCCUCUGCUACUCAAGUGGAACAACUGGUGUUGCAAAGGGAGUUAUGUUGACCCACCAAAACUUCGUUUCCCAGGUGAUGAUUGGUGGUCACUUUGAUGAGAUGGGUGCUGGUCCAGAUGAUAUUGCUCUCGGUUUCCUUCCAUAUUAUCACAUCUUUGGUCUCUGCAGUCUGAUAUUGAGUCCUAUUUACAAAAUGUCGGUAGUUGUGACAAUGACAGCAUUUGACUUGGAAUUACUUUGUCAACUUGUUGAAAAGCAUCGCAUCACUUUAGCUGCAAUUGUACCUCCUAUUGCUCUCCUUCUUGCAAAACAUCCAAUUGUAACAAAAUAUGACAUGACUUCUUUGAGAUUACUUGGAUGUGGUGCCGCACCCCUCAACCGCGAACAAAUUGCUUCUUUGAGUAGACGUAUGCCUGCUGUAUUGACUCAAGGUUACGGUAUGACCGAAACUACCUCCGGUAAAAUCAAUCGACUCACUUUAUAUUCAUGGGAAAUAGGUUCUGUUGGAACUUUGUUCCCAAAUUGUGAAUGCAGAAUUGUGGAUGAGAACAUGAAUGAUUUGGGUGAUGAUCAAGAUGGUGAGCUGCUUUUCCGUGGUCCCAUCGUCAUGAAAGGCUACCUGAACAACCCCAAGGCCAACGAAGAGACUUUUGUGGACGGUGGUUGGAUGCGUACUGGUGAUGUCGGAAGAUUUGAUAGCAAGUCCAAGGAUUUCUUUAUUGUGGAUCGUAUUAAGGAGUUGAUCAAAUACAAAGGUUUCCAGGUUGCUCCAGCAGAACUCGAGGCACUUUUGCUUACUCGUGAAGAUAUCCUGGACUGUUGUGUGGUCGGAAAGUACGACGAAUCUCAGGCAACCGAACUCCCAGUUGCAUUUGUUGUGUUGGACGCUGCAAGUGUUGCAUCAGAUGAAAAGGCAAAGGAGAUCCAUGCAUAUGUAGCUGAAAAUGUUACAAACCACAAGUAUCUUCGCGGUGGCAUCAGAUUUGUUGCUCAGAUCCCAAAGAGCCCUACCGGAAAGAUCUUGAGGCGCGAGGUUAAGGAUAUUGUGAAGAAGGAGCAAGAGGCUGACAAGCUGAAAGCAAAGCUCUAG